AUGACGACUUCGAGCGAGGACGACAGCAAGAGCCCUCGAUCACUUGAUUCUCUACUUCGGCCUGGACAGCUAUCAAACCCCAUCCAAUCAAAACAAAUGUUCUCUCUAACAAGAGUGUGUUCUGGAGCCCGCCUAGGACGACUAUGCGCCACCUUAGUAGUAUUCGGUAUUACGCUGAUGGGUACGCUGUACAUUGGCUUCACUAUCCAAGACUCCCCAAGUAGCACGGGUAUAUCUGUUCGCUCUGGUACACAUCUACAAAAUGCACUCGGAAAUAAUUCUGAAUUUUUGAUAAAUCAUACUGCAACCUCGAGGUUCCAAGAUAACCUAUCAAAGUUACCAGAGCACAAGUUCAUUACAGCCUGGCCAUCUUCCGGUUGGACUAACGAUGUCAUUUCUGCAAUUUACCUUAUCUACAUAGCCUCGCUGACAGGUCGAAUCCCUAUUAUUCCACCAUUUACCCCCUCUCAUGUUGGUUCAAUAAGUGAGGUUGGGCCUCUCGAAUUUGGAGAUGUAUUCGAUGUCUCUCGUCUGGCAAAUGAGCUUGGAAUGCAUAUACUCGAAUGGCGUGAGGUGAAGAACUCCGCACUAGAUACACAUCUAGCAAAAGGUAGCAUUCAGUCCGAGGUUGAGAAGAUUGGUUGCUGGAGCACAUGGGCGUUGAGUUCCUUCUCGAAUGGACAACCUCGCUAUUCUGAUGUCCCAGGAUUGUAUAAUCUUGAUAUUUCAUAUACCCCUGUACCAGAUAGCUUCACCUUGUCGGGAGGCUCCAAGAAGGGGCAAUAUUACUUAUCACUCUGGUCUUUGGCUUCACUCGCAUACCGGGCUACAAGAGAAUGGGCUUAUGGAGUACAAUCCUCAAGGACGCUUCCACUUACAAGUGGAACAGGUGAACGAAUCGCGCCCGGAGAGAAACUCCUGUGCUUUGAUUUGCUAUAUUACAUUGGGCUAGCCAACGAAGAAGAGUGGUGGAAGGACUAUGCGCCAUAUUGGCCAAAGAUUGGAGUCCACCUACAUUGGACUUCGCAGCUUUUGGAACUUGCACAAGGCUACUUACGACGGCAUUUCAAAGUCAAAGAUGGAGAGCCUAUACCACCUUUUAUCUCCGUUCAUGUUCGGAGAGCGGAUUUUGCGGGUUGGUGUCCCUCCAACAUGAGCCGCGAAGCAUGUUUUGCUACCCCUGAUGACUACGCCAAGCGUGUUCGAGAAGUCCAGGCUUCGUUGCGUUUACAGUCAACCCCAAUUGAUGUUCGAUCAGUUCUUGUCACUUCAGACGAGCGAGAUCCUGGGUGGUGGGAGGAAAUGGCUGAAUUUGGGCCCGAGUGGGGAUGGGUAGACCACAAGGCCGAGGGAACAGUAGAAAAAUAUGGAAAAUGGUAUCCAGUCGUUUUAGACGCAGUAUUCCAAUCACUAGGUACCGGAUUCGUAGGCACAGAUCGCAGUACCAUGUCCCUCCUUUCUCAGCGCCGGGUCGAGUCCUGGAAUAAUGGCGUCGCCAGUCUUGUGAAAUGGGGGUCUCCUAACGCUGAUGCCCAUUAA